AUGAAUGGGGACACUGGGAAGACCUGGGGCACUGCAGAAGUCAUCUACUGGAAUGAAACAAUAAGUAAAGCAAAUUACUCUGCGGUCACUGAGUUCAUUUUUCUUGGACUCUCCAAUUCUCAGGAACUCCAGCUUUUCCUAUUUGUGUUCUUUUUUGUUUUCUAUGUAGGAAUUGUGUUUGGAAACCUUCUGAUUGUGAUAACUGUGGCUUCUGACUCCCACCUUCACUCCCCAAUGUAUUUCUUACUGGCGAACCUCUCACUCACUGAUUUGUCUCUAUCUUCAGUCACAGCCCCCAAGAUGAUUACUGACUUUUUUAGUAAGCGCAAAGCCAUCUCUUUCAAGGGGUGCCUUGCACAGAUAUUUCUCCUUCACUUCUUUGGUGGGAGUGAGUUGGUGAUCCUCCUAGCAAUGGCCUUUGACAGAUAUGUAGCAAUUUGUAAACCCCUACAUUAUACUACAAUUAUGUGUAGCAAGGUAUGUCUUGGAAUUGUGGCUGCUGCAUGGGGAAUUGGCUUCCUCCACUCAGUGAGCCAGUUGGCCUUUGCGGUGAACUUGCCCUUCUGUGGUCCCAAUAAGAUCGAUAGCUUUUAUUGUGACCUUCCUAGGGUAAUCCAGCUGGCCUGUACAGGUACCUACAGGCUAGACAUUAUGGUCAUUGCUAAUAGUGGUGUGCUCACAGUGUGUUCUUUUGUCUUCCUAAUCAUCUCCUACACUAUCAUUCUAAUGACCAUCCAACGUCUCCCUUCAGAUCGGUCAUCCAAGGCUCUGUCAACUUUGACUGCUCACAUCACAGUCGUUCUUUUGUUUUUUGGACCAUGUAUCUUCAUUUAUGCCUGGCCAUUCCCUGUCAAAUCAUUAGAUAAAUUUCUUGCUGUGUUUUAUUCUGUGGUUACUCCUCUUUUAAACCCAAUAAUAUACACACUGAGAAACAAAGACAUGAAGACUGCAAUGAGACAGCUGAGAAAAUGA